AUGUUCCAAAACCUCUUAGACUACAACGCAUCUAAGAGAGUAGAAAUUCUCAUUGUCAUGCGAAAAUUAUUGAAAAAUGGAAAUGGGGAUUUGCCGUUUCAUGAUGCAUCUCGAAAUUCAAUUUUUGAUAUCCUUUAUCAUGUUUUAGAUGACUCAAGGUGGGAAGUGCGGUAUCAAUGCUUACUAUUAAUAGGGGCUAUUAUACCCUAUAGUAGUGAUGAAAUUGAUUCUUGCAUGUUGUUAGUUAUCCCAAAGAUCAUAUCAAAUCUUGGUCAUGAAAAUGUGAAUGUUAGACGUGCUGCCUUACAAGUUUUACAUGUUCACAUGAAGUACACAAAUAAUUUGCAAAACUUUCAAAAAAUGUUUAUUCAGCAUGGACUUGAAAAUUUAGAAUUUAUAGUGAGAAAAGGAUGCAUAAUGAGCAUUGGUAUUUUAUUUACAAAUGACUUUGAAAAUGAAAAUUUAUUUCCACUAAUCGAGUGCCUUGCAAAGCAUUUUGUUGAUGGUGAUGCAUCUCUAUUUUAUCCCAUAUUUCUAGCAAUGCAAAAAAUAAAUGAGCUUAUUGGUAAUCCCACCUUUGAUCUAUAUUUACAAAAAUUAGACGAUGAAGCAGCAAAUACUUAUAGACGUGUUCUUAAUAAAUUUACCUCGAAUGAUUCUCGUAUGAGCAGCAGUUCUGGAAGUCGAUCUAGUUUCAUGAAUGCAAAUGGAAUGAUUUAUAACGUCCAAAAUAAACUCUUAAAGUAUGAUUUUGGUAUUUUCCAGCCUUAUAUAAUGGAGAAAAUUCGAAGUGAGGAUUGGAAGACACGUGUUGAGGCCAUUGAGCACAUGAAGGCGCUCAUCAGAGAAAUGCCCGAUUUCUGCGAGAAAAUAUCCGACAUGGAUGAAUACAUGCUCUUCCUCUCUAAGCUUUUGGAAGAUUCAAAUUUCAAAAUCAUUAUUCAAACGCUAAGUGUUUAUGACUUAUUAAUUGAGAAAUUUAAAAAUCAAAUGAAGCGGUUUCUGAAGACAUUUGUGACUUCCGUGCUGAAGCGUCUCGGAGAUGCGAAGCUCGUAGUUCGAGAACAUGCGAUUCGUGUGAUUCAUAAACUCAUGCAUCAUAUCAAGCCAACUGAAGUAUUGGGUAAUCUUUUGCAUCACAAAGACAAUCGAAAUCCUCGCCUUCGAGAAGAAAUCAUUAACCGCGUGACAGCAGCUGUCUUGACAUUUCCUAGUUAUAAUUUUGAUUUUCAGCCUUUGUGCGAGGCAGUGGCACCGCUUCUCACAGACAGCAAAAGACGAGUUCGACUGGCUUCGGUAGAAUGUUUUGCUGCCUUGGCCCAAGCGAUGGGCCCUACCCGAUUAGUGCCUUUGGUUUCAGCUGUGGAUACUGUUGAAAUAAAUUAUGACACUGAAGGUUUACUCUCUGCUGUUCAAGCACGCCUGGCCAGAAGAAUAUUGCCCCGUUGUACGGAAGAUGGAGCUGUUUCAUAUGCCAUAACUUUACCCUCAUCGGCUGGUUGUCAGAGCAGAAAUUCAUUUUCUUGGGGUUCUGAUAUUGAUUGGAUUAUGGCUGCUUCUGGUUCAUCAAGCUCUUCAACUCCACCUUCAAGGAGUAAAGAAACAUUCAUGCCAUCCACAGAGCAGAAUGGAGAUUUUUCAGUUUUGAGGCUAGGAGAGACAGUUAAAUCCAAGGAUCAGGAGUUUGUAAGUCCAUUCCGAAAAGCAGAUAAUGCUUGGUUAAAAAGUGCAACUUGUGAUGCUCCUUCUAAUUUUUUGAUUUUUCAGUCAGCUGACAAUGAUGGUGGUCAAGAUCAAUGGCAAAGACUGAAUUUUGAAAAUCUAGAUAAAAAAGUAAAAUCGGUUGUCAUUUCUAAUUCAGAAAAAACAUCUGUGUUGAUUCCAGCAUCAUAUAGUGAAAGGAAAUUCCAUGAUAGUGUGAAAACUAAACCUGUUAUUUCCAGCAGCAAAAUUCCUGUCCUGGCUCGGUCUUCUGAAAAGAAAACUUCUGAAGAUACUAUUGCUUUGAAGCAAACUCGUGCUCUGUCUGCUGAACGUCAAAAUAUCCUCCCUUCAUUUCAUAGAUAUUCAGCCUCUCAUCGAAGAUCAUCAAAUCAUAUUAUGCAGGAAAAUAGAAUUCAGAAUGUUGGUGUGGAUCGUAAAGAGACUAUCCUGCAACCUGUGAGGCAUGUUGAAUCUCUAUUAGGGCUCGACCGAUGGCACUUUUUGGCCGAUGCCGAUUGUAGGCCAAUUGUUCAAAGAAGGCCGAUGGCCUAUUGUUUUUCUUAA